AAAAGAAAAAACCGCGCAAGCCAGUGAAUUCUACGAACUGCAGUACUGCUUUGUCGUCGUUAGAGUGACAAUUUCUUCUUCUAGGGUUUUAGGAACCAAUCUCAGAAGCCUACCUCAACAUGGCUCCCGAUGCUUCAGACGCUCUCGCAGUGAGGCAGAUAGUUCAACAAUUUCUCAACGCCUCUCGUACGGGAAACAUUGAUCUCAUGAAGAAUUUGGCUGCUAGGCUUGAUGAUGGGAAGGGAUUGUCGGGAACUGUGGCUGACAUUAAGGAUGCUAAUAAGCGAGGAGCACUUCAUUUCGCGGCAAGAGAAGGAAAGACUGAGGUCUGCAAGUAUCUGCUAGAGGAAUUGAAGCUCGACGUUGAUACAAGAGAUGAAGAUGGUGAAACGCCACUUAUUCAUGCUGCUCGACAAGGACAUACUGAUACUGCAAGAUACCUUAUUGAGAGUGGUGCUAAUCCUGCAAUAGCAAGCGACUUAGGGGCCACAGCUCUUCAUCAUUCUGCAGGCAUUGGAAAUAUUGAGCUGCUAAAGUUUUUACUUUCAAGAGGUCCUGAUGUUAAUUCCCAGAGUGAUGCCGGCUCCCCUUUGAUUUGGGCUGCUGGUCAUGCCCAACAGGAAGCUGUAAAACUGCUCCUUGAGCACCACGCUAAUGUAUAUAAGCUCACAAUUUUAUCUCCAUUCUGAGAUUUCUUAUUCUUA